AUGUUGCGCGUGUGGGGCGGAGGGGUAUACGAGUCGGACCUGUUUUACGAGUUGGCCGACGAGUUGGGUAUAAUGGUUUGGCAGGACUUGAUGUUCGCCUGCGCUCCCUAUCCCAUCGAUCCUGAGUUCUUGCUGUCGGUGGACGUGGAGGUCGAGCAACAGGUGCGCCGACUGCAGCACCACCCGUCCAUUGCUAUUUGGGCCGGCAAUAACGAAAUCGAGCUGUUACUGACCUACUUUUUUAAAGAUCAGAGACUUAAAGACGAUUAUUACGAGCUGUUUGUCAAGCAUAUUAUGACUCGAGUGGACAGGGAGGACAGCACCCGACCCUUUGUUACGUCGAGUCCGUCCAACGGAUUAAAAGAUGAAGCCUUUAACUACUCGUCUCCCCAGCCGAUGGACCCCCGAUGGGGUGAUAUUCAUUGGUACGACUACGGGUCCUCAUUGUGGGACUGGAAGGUCUAUAAGAGCGCGAAGUUUGUCUCCGAAUACGGCUUCCUAUCGUAUCCGUCGUUGGAGUCCUUAUCCGAAGCACUUCCGGACAGUGAUCUCACGUAUCCGGUGGGACCGGGUGUUAGGCACCGGAACCGAUUGAGACUCGGAAUGAAUGGGACGACAAUUAUUCAAGAUUCGAUAGCCAAAUAUUUCAAACUCCCGGCGCACGGAGGGGUCGACAGAAUCAAUGAUUUAAUAUAUUUGUCGCAAAUAUUUCAAGCGAUGGCUAUUAAGACGGAAACAGAGUUUUAUCGUCGAAAUAGAGAAGUGGAUCCCAAGACUGGAGAGGGCUAUACGAUGGGUGCCCUGUACUGGCAACUCAAUGACAUAUGGCAAGCGCCUACCUGGGCGUCCAUAGAGUAUGGC